AUGGCAAGAAACUCACGGCCACCUCUUUUACACGUUUCUGGCUUACAGAUCUUUUCGAGGUUAAAAUCAGAUGAAGAGGAUGAGUUCACCAAUACUAGUUCAAACCAUGAUAGGGAUACGAUCUUGCGUGCCAGUGAAAGCAACCGCCAAGAUUUUUACUCUACAUGGCGAAAACCAUCCCAAUUGAGCAGUCGCAGUGUAUUACACGAGUACUCCCCAACAAUUGUAGGGUCCAAUGACCGCAUUUUUUCACCUAUAGGUUUUCCAAAAUUAACAAAAAACUUCGAUUGGAAUGACAUUAUCUCAAAAAUUUUUACUCAACAACCAUUUGCCGUAAUUAAUCAAUUCUUUGAAGAAUUUCAGUAUUCAAUCAUUACUUCUCAUUUUUUGAACGACAUGAACCAUUAUAGGUUAUCGUUGCAUCUUAAUCAAUCAAUUUUGAAUUUUAAUAAGAGCUCAAUUAUGCUGAGGAAGGCACCUCCUAAAUCCUUGGCUUUUAUGGCUACAAAGUAUGGUAAAUUGGCAGUAAUAGAGAGCAAAAAAAUAUACUUCAAACAAGAUUUUAAUUAUCUUUCCAUGAUUCUAACGUCUUAUCGAGUACUCAAACAGUUGAAGAAAUGUUCUACAAAAAACAAUAGCUCAGGUCUUAGGAGAGUUGUAGGUUCAGUACUAGUAGCAGUGUAUUUAUCAAUACAGCAAGAAUACUUUAGAGGUCAUUUAAUUUGUUAUAAAACUUUAAUAAAGAUACGAAAAGUACUCGAAUCUUUACAACAGGUGGACGUAAUGAUCCACAAAUACCAUCUACGAUUUAAAGAGAUAAAGAACUACAGAUUUAUAUCAAAAGUGACAUCCAUUUCAAACACCGACGAACACACAUCUAUGAUAAAGGAGCUUCUAAUAUUCUCAAGUGAUGCGCUUUUCUAUAAGCUCAAAGUGGUCAUUAGCGAUAUAGUCAUCUUUAGUGAUACAAGCGAGCUUUCGAAGUACUGUGAAUUAUACGGUAUAGAAAUAUCAAGCCUUUACUAUAACAUUAUUAUUACAGUUAAGGACCUCGAUGGUAAACUGUAUCGUUUAAAAUUACUUAAGAAAUUCAUGCUUUGUUGCUUAUUAUCUCUAGAUGUGAUAGGAAACGUUGACGUUUCAAACGCAAAUAUGAAAAAUGCAUUAACCAAAAUAUUCCCUGAUUACACGAUGAGAAUGCAGCAGAAAAAAACAUACAAUCCGAUAGGUAUAUUUCAAAAUAUAAGUAGUCUUUUAAAAGAUUUGCAUUCACUACUUUCUGCAGUGCUAGUAUCCUUGAAUGAUCAUAAGCAAAUAUUAUAUGUUCUUCCUGAGAAAUCAUCAUCUGCUACUGAUGGAGAAAAGAGUCAUGUAUACACAUUUUCUAAAAGUGAAGAGGUUUCCCAAGCACUGAAUUAUUUAAAAACAAUCGAGAAUAAUAUAUUAGCAAUUGACGUUCGAAAUGGAAUAACAGAAAAUGAUAGGACCAUAGUCGAAGAUAAAUUAGAAGAGUUGAUUAGUUUCUGGAAAACUUCAAAAACAUGUAACAAUAUCACAGCAAUAAAAAAAAAACCGCUGAUCAAUACAAUCAACCGCGGUUUUCAUCUGGAUAUUCUCAAGGGCAGAAAGUCCUCUUACACCUCAACGGUACAUGAUCUUGGUUUGGAGAGGAAAGUUGACUUUAUAGAUGUCGAUGAAUCGGAGAACGACUAUUUUGAAAAUGAUACAGAAUUAGAAGACAGCGAAGAUUGUGAGUCUGGAAAGAAACACCACCAAAAAGUUACUGGUGUAGGCGAGAAUCACCCUGUAGGUUUGAACGAAAAUAAUAAUGGCAGAAGACCAGAUUUCAAGCAGCUUUCUGACAACGAAUUACGACGUGAGUUAGAUGAAAGAAUUUCAAACCUGGCUAGAGAAAAUCGUGAAGGUAGGGAAAAAUUACGAACUGCAAAGUCAUUCGAACUGCUAAGAAAAAAACAAGCUUCUCUUCCUGUGAAGUUUGGUCUUCAAAGGCCACUAAAAGAGGACGCAUUUCUUGAGAGCGGGUAUCUCAGCAAGUGCAAAGUGUCCUCGGAAGAAACGAUUCCCUUUUUGUAUGAAUUAGAAGAAUUGCUAGGAAAUGAUCCGUGA